AUGGCCAACAAGAGAAAGGCCGCGCGCGUGGCCGAACCCUCCACCCGACGUCCACAAAACGGUCGCCAUGACGCAGAUGAAACCUUUGCCGACUCGGAGGACGAGUUUUUCGCAGCACGAGACAAGGUCCUGCUGGACGAGGGGCCCGCUGCAAAGAGGAGGAGGAGAUUACAAGAACAAGAGCGAGACCUGCAACCGUCUGACGAGGAGGUUUACGGAGAUCCGGCCACUGACGACGAGUCCGAUGGCCAACUUGAUGACAACGGGGAGCGAGAAGAAGAAGACGAAGAAGAUGGCCACUGGGGCACGUCCAAGGCCGACUAUUACAGUGCCGAUGUGAUCGAGACCGAGGCUGAUGCAUUAGAGGAGGAACAAGAGGCUAGGAGACUGCAGCUGAAACAACUCAAGGCCAUGACGGAGGCAGAUUUCGGCUUCGAUGAGAGUGCAUGGAUCGGUGACAAUCACCAAUCUCAGGGGCAGCGGUCAGCGGUGGAGAAACUGCCUGAACUCCAUAUCUCUGAAAAUGCGAGCGUCGACGAACGGAUGAAAAUCUUGAGGUCGAGAUAUCCCGAGUUCGAGCCUCUAACAAAGGACUUUCUCUCGUUGCAAGACACCUACCAGUCAGUGAGGAAGGAGGCAGAAUUGGAAGGCCACGUUGAUGGAGGUGUCGCACUGACGAAAUUCCGAGCCUUGUCAGCGUACCUUGGGGCUGUGGCGAUGUACCUUGCUCUCCUUACUUCCACCAAGACCGGCAUGGCGCUGGCACCGGGGGAGCUUCGAGAUCACCCCGUCAUGGCGAACCUUGUUCGGUGUCGCCAGCUGUGGCAAGAGGCCGAAAUACUUCGCCCGAUAGAUCCUGUUGAAAAGCCGGAGACCAAAGCAUCAGCCCCAGCGCCACCGAGUGUGCCUCAGGAGACUUCACGACAACCCGCCAAGAAAAAGACAAAGACCAAGCCAGCGUCCCCAGAGCCACCCUCUCCGGAAGUUCCAGUAGUGAGCACAAAAUCCAAGAAGACGAGAAAACCAAAGAGAAAUGAAUUGCAAGAACUCCUGGCGACGUCAAUGCGGAAACCGGCCGAGGAGGAGUCCGACUUUGGCGACGAAGCACCGCUGACGCUAGAGGAAGCUGCAGAAAAGGCUCGGCGAAAGAAGACUCUGAGAUUCUACACCUCGCAGAUUGUGCAGAAAGCCAACAAACGCGGCGCAGCAUCACGCCAGGCCGGCGGCGACGACGACCUGCCCUACAAAGAGCGCAUCCGAGACAAACAGGAACGGCUUAUGCGCGAGGCCGAGCAGAGAGGUCGAGCCACCGCCAACGAGAGGGAAGUACUCGAUGAUGAUGGUGACGAUGACGACGACGAUCCCGAAGCAGGCCGAAGGAUCAACGACGAGGCCAACGAGUACUACGACAUGCUGGUCACCAACUCCGAGCAAAAGAAAGCGGACAAGCGAGCCCGGGCCGCCGCGUACGCCGACGCCGCCCGACAAGGCGCACAGGUGCACGAAGAAGAGCAGGUGGGGCCCGACGGGAAGCGGAAGAUCACGUACGCCAUCGAGAAGAACAAGGGCCUGACGCCCAAGCGGAAGAAGGAGGUGCGCAACCCGCGCGUCAAGAAGCGGAAGAAGUUCGACGAAAAGAUGAAGAAGCUGGCCUCCAUCCGGCCCGUGUACAAAGGCGGCGAGGGCCGCGGGGGCUACGGUGGCGAGGCGACGGGCAUCAAGACGAACCUGGUCAAGAGCAUCAAACUGUGA